AUGCGGUUACACAGCAAUCUAGAAUCAGUUGAUGAACAAGAAACUGCCACAUUUGCUAAAUGGAUUCUAGACAUUGGAGAUGGAAUUAUAGAUGAUGAAAAUGAUGGUUAUGCUACAAUUCAAGUUCCUGCUCAUCAACUCAUUACUCAAUAUGAUGAUCCAAUCAGUGCUAUAGUGAAAUCAACAUUCCCAGACUUAGAUCAGCACCACAAUAAUCCUGAAUUCUUUAAAUCCAAGGCAAUACUAGCUUCAACAAAUGAAACAGUAGAACAAAUCAAUCAUUACGUGCUAUCCUUCAUUCCAGGUGACCACAUGGAAUAUCUAAGCUCUUAUUCGGUUGAUAAAUCAGAAACCAAUGAAGAUUUGUAUUUCCAAUCAAUUACUACUGAAUUCCUUAAUUCAUUGAACACAUCCGGUUUGCCAACUCAUUCUAUCAAACUUAAAAUUGGAAGUCCUAUAAUGCUGUUAAGGAACCUCGACCAAAAUCAAGGUCUAUGUAACGGUACUAGAUUAGUGGUAACAAAGAUGGCAAAACAUGUAAUUGCAGCUGAAAUUAUCUCAGGUAAAAACAUUGGCCUCGCUGUUUAUAUUCCAAGAAUGUCAAUGUCCCCUUCACAAUCACCCUGGCCGUUUAAACUAUUAAGAAGACAAUUUCCGAUUAUGCUAUCUCAUGCAAUGACAAUUAACAAGUCACAGGGACAAUCACUAUCCAUGGUUGGACUUUAUUUGCCGAAACCGAUCAGAUAUCCAAUUGUGAGACCACCUGCAAUCAUCCAAUUCAGAGCAGCUUUCCACAAUGACAAGACAUUCAUAGAAAUACCCCCAUUUUACCAUGAACAAUGGGCACCCAAUUACCCACAAGAGGUUCGAUUCAAAUACAAUGGAGCAACCUACCCAAUACGAGUCCAACAACAUCGAGGCAGAUAUUUUUUUGCAGAUGAACUCGCAGACGUCAGGGCAGAUUUAAAAAUCUACGAGUCUAUUAUCAUCAACUUAUUUGCCUGA